AUGCAAGGGAAAGAAGGCUUAAGAUGCAAGCCGAUUUGGAGAGGAUGGAUCAAGGAUGGAAGAUCUGAUGCAGAGGAUAUGUCUACUCUGAGGAAGAGUCUGAGAAGGAGGGAAAUGGCUCUCCAAAAGAGGAGUGAUGAGACUGAGAGUGAAGAGGAAGGAGAAGAGGUGAAUCAAUUGGUUGAUGAAGAUGAGCAAGAGAACCAAGAUGAGCCAAUGGAGGAGGUUGAGCAAGAGAAGAGGAGGAUGAGCUCCCCAUGUACCAAGAGCACUACAAUGCUCUCUUCUCCAUGGACUUUUGGAGACCAAGUACCCACAUGA